AUGAUCAGUGAAUUUAUUCCACGUAACAACCAAAAUGAAAACGAAACUAUAUCUCAUCAAAGCCAAGACAGUCAAUUACCACCAGCCUCGAACCAUUUCAAUCAGAACAACCAUCUACAAAACUCAAAACAAGAAAUUGAUUUAAACCAACAAACUUUGAACAACGACAGACAAUAUCAACUAGUUUCGAACAAGGAAAAUCAUGAACUAGCUUUCAAUCAAGGAAAGUAUAAUUCACCAGAUUUGAAUAAAAAUCAACAAGCAAUUUUAAACCAACUUAAACAAUAUUUGUCAAUAUUGAACACACGAAAUAUAAAUCUUAAGAAUCUAGGAAACCUUUAUCCACCAGCCUCAAACCAAGAAAGUGGAAAUCGACAAACUUCGAACAUGGAAAGAAAACAAGUAACUGCAUUAGAUCUAUUCAGUGCAUUUUCACGCCAAUUGGUUGACGAAAAUUAUUGUUUAUCAUUAUUAUUUUUAUCAUUAUUACAAGCAUUACAAGAAAAUCAAUAUUCACCUGCUUCGAACCAAGGAAAUCAGUAUUCACCAUUUUUUAACAAAUUAUAUCAGUCACCGUCAUCUAAUUUGUUAGAAGAAAUUGAAUCACAAAUUAUUGACGAAAGAGAUAAUUUACUUACUUCAAGGCGACCUGAAGAAUUUAACAAAAUUUUUAAUAAAGCAAGUAAAUUGCUACCAUUUUCCCAAGACAGUCAAUUACAACCAGCCUCGAACCCAGGAAAUCAAAAUCCACCAACUUUAAAUCAAGACAGUCCAAGUCCACCAGCCUCAAACCAAGAAAGUCAAAGUCAACAAACUUUGAACAAUGAAAGACAAGAUCAACUAGUUUUGAACAAAGGCACUCAAUUACCACCAGUUUCAUACCAAGGAAGUCAAUUUCUUCCAGCUUGGAUCCAAGCAACUCAAUUUCAACCAGUUUGGAUUCAAAGCAUUCACUUGCCUUCAGCUUUAAAUCGAGAAAAUAAUUAUUUACCAGAUAAUCCAUUUCCACAACCUGGCAACCAGGCUAGUCGACCUUCUUUUAACAAAUUUCAUCAUAAUCCAACAGUACUUCAUACAGAAAAUCAUGAUCAAUUAACUUUAAAGCAAGGCAGUCAAUUACAACCAGCAUCGAACCACGGAAAUCAAAAUUUAGCAACAUUGAAUAUAGAAAAUCUUAAUCUACCAACCACAACUCCAGAAAGUCAAAAUCAACCAACUUUGGACAACAAUAGACCAGUUCAACCAGUUUUAAACCAUGGCAGUCAGUUACUACAAGCUUCGAAUCAAGAAAAUCAGAAUCCACCAGCUUUAAACCAAAGCAGUCAAUUACUGCCAGCCUCAAACCAAGGAAAUCAAAAUCCACCAGCUUUGAGCGAAGAAAGACAUCUACCUCCUUUAAACAAAGGCAGUCAAUUACCACCAGCAGCGAACCAAGGAAAUCAAAAUUUAGCAACAUUGAAUAUAGAAAGUCUUAAUCUACCAACCACAACUCCAGAAAGUCAAAAUCAACGAAAUUUUAACAACGAUAGACACGUUCAACCUGUUUUUAACCAAGCCGGUCAAUUACAACCAGCCUCAAACUUAGGAACUCAAAACCUAACGAUUUUGAAUCUAGGAAGUCUAAGUCCACCAGUCUCAAACCAAGAAAGUCAAAUUCAACAAACUUUAAACAACGAUAGAUCUGUUCAACCAGUUUUAAACCAUGGCAGUCAGUUACUACCAGCUUCGAAUCAAGAAAGUCAGAAUCCACAGGUUUUAAAUCAAAGCAGUCAAUUACUGCCAGCCACGAACCAAGAAAAUGAAAAUCCACCAGCUUUGAGCGAAGAGAGUCAUCUACCACCUUUAAACCAAGGCAGUCAAUUAUCAUCAGCAGCGAACCAAGUAAAUCAAAAUUUAACAACAUUGAAUAUAGAAACACGUAUUCAACCAACCACAAAUCAAGAUAGUAAGAAUCAACAAAAAUUGAACGACGAUAGACAAGAUGAACCAGUUUUAAACCGAAUCCGACAAUUACAAGCCGCAUCGAACCAAGGAAAUCAAAAUUUAACAACAUUUAAUCUAGAAAGUGUAAGUCCACCAGCCUCAAACCAAGAAAAUCAAAUUCAACAAACUUUAAUCAACGAUAGACCUGUUCAACCAGUUUUAAAUAAUAGCAGUCUACUACCAGCUUCGAAUCAAGAAAAUCAGAAUCCACAAGCUUUGAACCAAAGCAGUCAAUUUCUGCCAGCCUCCAACCAAGGAAAUCAAAAUCCACCAGCUUUGAGCGAAGAAAGACAUCUACCUCCUUUAAACAAAGGCAGUCAAUUACCAUCAGCAGCGAACCUAGGAAAUCAAAAUCCAACAAUUUUGAAUCAAGAAAAUCUAAGUCCACUAGCCUCAAAUCAUGGAAGUCAUAAUCAUCAAACUUUGCACAACGAUAUACAAGAGCAACCAGUCUUAAACCAAGGCAGUCAAUUACAACCAGCUUCGAAUCAAGGAAAUCAAAAUGCACCCGCUUUGUAUCAGGAAACUCAACAACCACCAGUUUCAUACCAAGGAACUGAAUUUCUCCCUGCUUCGAAUCAAGGAACUAAAUUUCAACUACCUUGGAUUCAAAGCAUUCAAUUUUCGCCAUCCUUGCAACAAGCAAAUCAAUUUCCUUCAGCUUUAAAUCAAGAAAAUAAAUAUUCACUAGCAUUUGAUCAAGGUAGUCAAUUACCACUAUCCCCAAACCUAGGAAAUCAGAAUCCACUAGCUUUAAAUGAGGAAAGACAAGCAUUAAACGAAGGCAGUCAAUUACCACCGGUCUUAAACCAAGGAAAUAAAAAUCCACCAACAUUGAAUCUAGAAAGUCUAAGUCCACCAGCCUCAAACCAAGGAAGUCAAAGACAACAAACUUUGUACAACGGAAGACAAGAUCAACCAGCUUCAAAUGGAGGCAAUCAAUUACUACCAGCCAUGAACUUAGAAAACCAAAAUCCAUUACCUUCGUACGAAGGAACUCAACAAUCACCAGUUUUAUACCAAGGAAGUCAAUUUUCGCCAGCUGUAAAUCAAGCAAAUCAAUUUCCUCCAACUUUAAAUCGAGAAAAUCAAUAUUCAUCAGCUUUCAACCGAGGAAAUCAAUAUUCACCAGUUUGGUAUCGAGAAAGUCAAAAUCAACAAACUUUGAAGAAGCAUCAACCAGCUUUAAACCAAGGCAGUCAAUUUCCACCAGUUUUGAAUCAAGAAUAUUAUUAUUCACAAGCUUUAAAUCAAGGAAAUCAAUAUUUACAAGGUGAAAAUCAAGGAAGUCAUUUAGUAUCAUCACCUAAUCAAUAUCGCCCUAGUCAAUUUUCACCUGUCUUGAACCAAAGAAAUCAAAAUUCACCAGUUUAUCAGGAAAGUCAACAAUCACAAGUUUUAAACCAAGGAAAUCAAAUACCAUCAUCCUAUGGAAGACAAAAUUUACAAGCUUUGAACCAAGGAAGUCAAUUUCGACCAGAAUUUUACCCACGAAAUGAGUAUCCACCAGUUUUGAAUCAAGGAAAUCCAUAUUCACCAGGUGUAAACCAAGGAAGUCAAUUAGCAUUAACAUCAAAUUAUUAUCGACCAUAUUUAAACCAAGGCAGUCAAUUUCCAUCUUUCAUAAACCAAGGAAGUCAAUAUUCACCAGCAUUUAACCAAGGAAAUCAAUAUUCACCAAUUUUGAAUCAAGGAAAUCAAUAUCCACAAAGUUUUAACGAAGGGAAUUACAUUGCAAAUCCAUUGCCACCAUUUUGGUAUCAUGGAAGUAAUUUUCCAUUUAAUCCAGUUAAUCAGGGUGGUCCUAAUUUCAAUGCACAUACUUAUAACCACAUGCAUGACACGUAUUUACCUAGACCACUGAAAUGUGAAUGGCAUGGAAAUUUUAAAAACUGUUAUUAA